AUGGUCUACGUACGGCAAAAGGAGCUCCCCGCGCUCCGUGAGUACAAAUACUCUGGUGUCGACCAUUCACUGCUUUCCAAAUAUGUUCUAAAGCCCUUCUACACGAAAUUCGUCAUCAAUUGCUUCCCGAUGAGCAUGGCACCGAACCUGAUCACUCUGACGGGCUUUUCAUUCGUCGUUGCAAACUUCUUGACGCUGCUGUGGUAUACUCCCACUCUUGACCAAGAUUGCCCCCCCUGGGUGUAUUAUUCUUGGGCACUGGGCUUGUUCCUAUAUCAAACGUUCGAUGCUGUGGACGGAACUCAAGCGCGCCGAACUCGGCAAUCCGGACCUCUGGGCGAACUCUUCGAUCACGGUGUAGAUGCUUGUAAUACCUCGCUUGAGGUCCUUCUUUUUGCUGCUUCUCAGAAUAUGGGACAGAGCUGGCAGACUGUGGCAGUCUUGUUCGCAUGUGAGUUAACACUGGCGGUUCUGUUGGGAUGCGACGAUGCUGACUUGCUAGCCCUCUUGACCUUUUAUGUUCAGACAUGGGAGACUUAUCACACGAAAACUCUCACUCUUGGUAUCGUCAACGGACCCGUCGAGGGCGUCCUUGCGAUCGUCCUGGUCUUCGUUUUCACUGGAUACGUUGGGGGUGCUCAUUUCUGGCAACAGAGCAUGUUCCAUACCGUCGGUGUGCCUUCCACCAUUGGCAUCCCAUCUUUCAUCUACAACCUCACCUUUACCGAGUGGUAUCUUAUUCAGGGCAGUAUUGUUCUUGUCUUCAACACUGUCGAGUCUUCACUCAACGUCAUCCGCGCUCGACGUGCCCAUGGUGAUCGUUCUCGAGGUGCGCUCCUCGGUCUUGUGCCUUUUUUCAGCAUCUGGUCUAUGGUGGUUGCCUACCUUUAUCUCCAACCCAAGAUCCGCGAAUGCCAUCUCAUCCCGUUUGCCCUCUUCGCCGGCCUUGUCAAUGCCUAUAGCGUCGGACAGAUGAUCACUGCUCACCUUGUUCACCUGCGUUUCCCUUACUGGAACGUGCUGGGCCUGCCUCUUGCCUUUGGUGUCAUCGAUUCAUUGGGCCCCAUCUUCCAGCGUUACUUAGGGUUUGGUUGGCCCAGCGCUCUUGGUGAUAAUGUCUACCAAGUGGCUUUCAUGUUCAUGAUGCUCGGAACCGCCGUCGGUGUCUACGGAAGUUUUGUCGUUGACGUAAUCGUUACCAUCUGCGAUUACCUCGACAUCUGGUGCCUUACUAUUAAGCAUCCUCAUGUUGAAAACGAAGGCACCCAGGCCAAUGGUACAAAGAAGGACUAA